CGUGCUUUCCUCCUGCUCGGCGAACGGUGCUAACGCUGGGGCUGGGGGCGGGGAGCUUUUCUGCCCCUGGCCCGUGCAACAGCCCCGGCGGUGUCCUUGUGUUUAUUCCCGGCUUUUCGCGGGGAUGGAACUGUCGCUUUAAUCUCUUGCUGAGUCCUGCCUGCUCUUCUGCCCCUUUUGCAGGUUCUUACAAUGGCUGAAGAGCUGGGAGCGGUGGUUGCCAGCCAGACAAAGAGACUGACGAGCAGCAGCGAGGAGCCUGAGAAGCUAGAAGAAAACGGACACCAACCCAAAAGGUUGAAGAGAGAUGUGGAUGAGGAGGAUGUGGAGGAUCAGAAUAAAAAGUCACCCAAAAGGAAGAUUGUGCUGUUGAUGGCAUAUUCAGGGAAGGGCUACCAUGGGAUGCAAAGAAAUUUGGGAUCUUCACAGUUCAAGACAAUUGAAGAUGACUUAGUAUCUGCCCUUGUUCAGUCAGGCUGCAUCCCAGAAAACCAUGGGGAAGACAUGAAGAAAAUGUCUUUCCAGCGAUGUGCUCGGACAGAUAAGGGUGUAUCUGCAGCUGGACAGAUUGUGUCGCUAAAGGUCAGGCUAAUAGAUGACAUCUUAGAAAAGAUCAAUAACCAUCUUCCUUCUCACAUCAGAAUUCUGGGGCUGAAGAGAGUCACUGGGGGAUUCAACUCCAAGAACAAAUGUGAUGCCAGAACCUACUCUUACAUGCUGCCAACAUUUGCCUUUGCCCAUAAAGACCAUGAUGUGCAAGAGGAGGCUUAUCGACUGAACAAAGAGACCCUUGAAAAAGUCAACAAACUGCUCGCCUGUUACAAAGGAACACACAACUUCCACAACUUUACAUCUCAGAAGGGACCCAAAGACCCUAGUGCCAAGCGAUACAUAAUGGAAAUGUACUGUGGAGAGCCAUUUGUGAGGGAAAACAUAGAAUUUGCAGUGAUCAGAGUGAAAGGUCAGAGUUUCAUGAUGCACCAAAUAAGGAAGAUGAUUGGGCUGGUGAUAGCUAUUGUGAAAGGUUACGCUGCUGAGUCGGUCAUAGAGCGCAGCUGGGGAGAAGAGAAAGUAGAUGUUCCCAAAGCUCCAGGACUUGGGCUGGUCUUGGAAAGAGUACACUUUGAAAAAUACAACAGACGUUUUGGAAAUGAUGGGCUGCAUGAGCCACUGGAGUGGAGAGAGGAGGAGGAGAAGAUUGCUGUUUUCAAAGAGCAGUAUAUCUAUCCUACUAUUAUCAACACAGAAAGGGAAGAGAAGUCCAUGAUGAACUGGCUGAACACCCUCUCCAUUCAUGACUUCAACUGUUCUGCUGCUGGGAUGCAAGCUAACAACAAAAAUUCAAAGAACGGCAGUGAUCUGGAAGGCAGUGAUGGUUGUGAUGACGAUUCUGAGUAAGUCAGUAAGUGGCUGGACCUGGGGCCCUUUCCUCUUGCAAUUCGCUCUCUGUAGAAAAAAGCGGCCUUUCUAAAUCCAAGAAUCCAGUAAAGCAGAGGUUUGCAUGCAUGCAGAACAGGAAAUCAGAUGCCCAGGAGAAACUGGGUGGGGAAAACUGCAGAAGAAAAAGUAGAAAAAGCUGUUUAUACCACUGACUGAUUCAUCUGACUGGAAUACUUGAAAAUAAUGUAACGAGACAGAUGCUUUCAAAAAGAAUCUUGUAAUGCAAGAAAUCUUAAUUGCUAUUUGAAUAAUGUUUUUAUUACGUGUUUACCUGGAAAAUAGUAUUUUAAGUAUGUACAAUGGCUACAUAUAGAUGGGGCAAAACAUUUUAAUCUACAUUUUUUGAUCAUUAUUAAGCAGUUAUGACUCCAUGAACUUUUGACGGUUUUAAAAUUUUCUUCACCUUUAAUGAACCUGAUCUCCAAACACUAAGCUCUUGUUUUAUUUUUCUAUGUCAUCCAUGGCUUUCUGGUGGAAUAACAUGUAUGGGUUAGCAAUGCAUUAUCAUGUUGACUGUUCUGAAUUUUGUUGCCAUUGAAUCAAAUUUUCUGUGUUUUUUAAAGCUUUGCAAGCCUAAAAAGAAUUAAGAGUCCUUACUCAGUGAGAGCUCUUAAUUUUGGAAAGUGGACUGAACCAUAUAUUUUUAAGACCAGACCUUUUAUUUGGAAGAUGUCGUCAUCCCAAUAUUGCCCUUAUAGUUGGGCAGAGUCAAGAAUGUAGAUCCGCGGCUACAAAUGUCAUUGGACCUCUCCUGCCUGAGGUAUUGUUUCAUAGACCUUUUGUUGAAAUCUGAGGAGAAAACAAAAUUAAAUGUUAGGAUUGCAAACCAAAGUGUGCAGCUGUGAAAGUCUAUGUUGCCUGUGUGGAUCACUAAAUGUGUUGCUGCUAGUUUGUUUUUGCUUUUAGUGGAAACUAGCUAGCUGUCCGCUAGAUUUUUGGGUUGAAUCAACUUAAUGUGUGAAAGCAAUGGUUCAUAUUUUCUCUGGGCUUUAAUCAAGUCUGCAUUCACUUUUUACUUCCCAUGAAGCUGCUCAGAAUAGAGGAAUUUGUGCAAUGCUAUGGGAAGCAUAUGUCUAAGGACUGUGUUCCUCUGGGAAUCAAUUUUUGUUUUCUGGGGAUCUGCACACUUUGGAGUUCUUGCUCUCCUUUCCUCAACUGUGGCUUGAGCUCUAGUUCUUGGUCACAACUGUCUGAGGAGGUGGUAGGAGAAAAAAUGAGUAACAUUAGCAGCCCUUCUGCCCUCCCGAACUGUAGAACACUUUGUAAAGUGGGUGAGAGUCUCUCCAUGUGUUUGGGUUUUAGUACGCUUGCUUGAUAAACUUCCCUCUUGGGUUUGUAUGGAGACCUGCUUCAUAAUAUAAAAGCUCACCACCUGUGACAAAUUCCUAAGGUAGAAAAGCAGUGGUCUUUCUUUUCACUUAGAUAGGCAAACAAGCACAGUUGUCCUGUCAGCUCAGGACACAGCUCACCACUCUGUGCCUAAGGAUGUGAACCAAACCUUGUGGUCCAUACGGAACGUGGUAGUUCCUUUUUGGAGCUGUUGACUCUUUGCUCAUUUAUUCAGCGAUUUCUACCCAAGGCCUCUGGUUCUAAGGCUCCUUCUAGAAAUUGUUUUUGCCAGAGCAGUCUGUCCUUUAAAAAGGAUUUGCUUGUUUCUUCUGAGUUUUCGUUCAAGUUUACAUUUUUAUCUUGAAGGCCUUGCUCUUUGUUUUAUCAGAGUGGGACGGUAAGAGAUAUCUCUGAGUGUUCUGGAGAGGGACUCUACCUAGACUUUUAGUUUCAUCCCUUGCCAGUUUGUACAAUUGAUCCAGACCUAACAGUCUUCUCUCCAAAGCUCUGUCUUUCUAUCCCUUUCAAUCUGAGAGAAAUACCUUUGUUUGCUCAUAAUAAAGCCCCCCAAACUGA